AUGGAGAAACCCAUUAGUCUUUUUACUCUUACACUUCUCUUCUUGUUGUUCAAUCAAUCAUUGGCCAUUCCUGGCACAUACAACAUCUUAGACUUGGGAGCAAAACCUGAUGGGAAAACUGAUUCAUCCAAGUCGUUAUUAAGUGCAUGGGCUGCAGCUUGUGGCUCUCCCGAACCGGCCACAAUUUUUGUACCAAAAGGAAGGUAUUUGGUGAAGCAAGCACAAUUUCUGGGACCAUGCAGGAAUAGAGCUAUAAGCUUUAGAAUAGAUGGUACCCUCGUGGCUCCUUCAGAUUACAAACUCAUUGGAAAUGCUGAUUUCUGGCUUCAGUUUCAAUGGGUCGAUGGAGUUUUCAUUCGCGGUGGCAUUCUUGAUGGCCAGGGUACUGAUCUCUGGGGUUGCAAAGCCUCCGGCAGGAAGUGUCCAAGCGGCGCAGCGACAUUGGGAUUUACCAACUCCAACAACAUUGCAAUUGCCGGCCUUACUUCUCUCAAUAGCCAAUUAUUCCACUUGGUGUUCAACGGCUGCAACACCGUGAAACUGCAAGGAGUAAAGGUUUUGGCGGCUGGAAACAGCCUCAACACGGACGGGAUUCAUGUGCAAUAUUCAUCAGGAGUCACAAUCUUGAAUUCCAAGAUCAGUACUGGAGAUGACUGCGUUUCAAUUGGCCCUGGCACUACUAGUUUGUGGAUUGAAAAUGUUCUUUGUGGCCCUGGCCAUGGUAUCAGCAUUGGGAGUCUUGGAAAGGAUUUUGAAGAAGAGGGAGUACAGAAUGUGACUGUAAAAAAUGUUACAUUCAAGAAUACACAGAAUGGUGUAAGGAUUAAAUCAUGGGGUAGGCCAAGCAAAGGUUUUGUCAAGGAUGUUUUGUUCCAGCAUGUCACCAUGAUCAAUGUCCAAAACCCCAUCCUUAUUGAUCAGAACUAUUGCCCAGAUAACAUCAACUGUCCUGGCCAGGUGUCAGGCAUUAAAAUAAAUGAUGUUACGUAUCAAGACAUCCACGGAACAUCAGCAACAGCAAUUGCAGUCAGAUUUGAUUGUAGCAAGAAGAAUCCAUGCAUCGGAAUAAGAUUGGAAGAUGUGAAGUUGACAUACAAAAAUCAACCAGCCAAAUCAUCUUGUGCCAAUGCUGCUGGAACUACACUUGGUCUGCUUGGCCCUGAUAGCUGUUUGUAG